AUGGCUUCUGUGAAGGCAGGAUUUCCAAUUUUCAAGCCCGAUGGAAUCUCCCAGCUGGAACAAGAUCUACAGGUCUUUGAUCUGCAAACUAAGAAUAGAGAAGUCUUAAGAGAUGACUGCUCAGCACAGGGUACAGAUUACAUUUGCAUUUUCUAUUUAUAUAUUGAAUCAGAUGGAGAGACCAGAGAAGAGAGCAAGCUGUUGAUUCCUAAGCAGAAAAUUCCAGAAGAAGUACAUUCAUACAAAGUGAGAGUAGGAAGACUCAAAAAGGAUAUUGUCCAAGUUCCUGAGACUAGAGAAGUGUAUAAGCCUGAGGACAGAUUAGAAAGGCUUCAGGAAAUCCUAAGGAAAUUUCUCUUUCUGGAGAGAGAGUUUAGGCAAAUAACAAUCAGUAAGAAAACCUUCACCAGUGAGAAGAACAGUGAAUGUAAUGAACCUGAAAAAAGCUUCAGUCUGGACUCUACUCUUGAUACAGAUCAGAGAGUUCUUAGAAUACAGAAUGUUGAUGACAUUGAUAAGUAUGACAUGAGCCCCAUCCAGGAUUCAGCUGGUAAACAUGAACAAGUAAAUCUAACGCAAGAUUUUCAGAGUAAUGAAUAUAAGGAAAGUUUAAUGGAACUCUCCCACCUUAAUAAAUGUGAGAGCAUUUCUACCACUGAGAAAUCCUAUAAAUGUGAUGCAUGUGAGAAAACCUUCCAUCAGAGCUCAGCCCUUUCUAGACAUCAGAGAAUUCAUACGAGAGAGAAACCCUACAAGUGUAAGGAAUGUGAAAAAUCUUUCAGUCAGAGUUCAAGUCUCAGUCGACAUAAAAGAAUACACACUAGAGAAAAACCCUAUAAAUGUGAAGCAUCUGAUAAAUCCUGCGAGGUGUCUGACAAAUCCUGUAGUCAGAGCUCAGACAUAAUCCAGCAUAAGAGGAUUCACACUAGAGCAAAAUCUUAUAAAUGUAGCAAUUGUGAAAGAGUCUUCAGUCGUAGUGUACACCUUACUCAACAUCAGAGAGUUCACAGAGAGAUGCCUUGUAAGUGUACUGUGUGUGGCAGUGACUUCUGUCAUACCUCACACCUAGCCGAACAUCAGAAGGUCCAUUGUGAAGAGAAAUCCUAUGAAUACAAUGAAUGUGGUUUGACCUUUAUGAAACAUCAAGGAAUGCGUCUCAGAGAAAAGCCCUAUAUAUGUAAUGAAUGUGGAAAAGACUUCAGAUUGAAUUCCCAUCUUAUUCAGCAUCAGAGAAUUCACACAGAGAAACCACAUGAAUGUAAUGAAUGUGGAAAAGCUUUCAGUCAAACCUCAUGCCUUAUUCAGCAUCACAAAAUUCAUAGGAAAGAGAAAUCCUAUGAGUGUAAUGAUUAUGAGGAUAAUUUCAACCAUAGCUCAGAUCUUGUCCUGCAACAGGAAGUCCUCACCAGAGAAAAAGCCUUUGAUUGUGAUGCAUGGGAAAAGAACCUCAGUCAGAGAGCACACCUUGUCCACCAUCAAGGAAUUCAUACCAAAGAGAAACCUUAUGAAUGUAAUGAACGUGGGGAGACAUUUAGUCCAGUUCAGGCCUCAUUCAGCAUCUGAGAGUUCAUAGCAGGGAGAAAUCACUUGCGUCCUGAGUGUGGUAGAGCCUUCAGUCCUAGCUCAACCUUUAUUAGUCAUCGGGGAAUUCACACCAGAGAGAAACAUUCUGAAUGUGAAGAAUGUUGGGAAGCUAUUAGUCUGUGUUAAACUCUUGCCACCUGCAAACCCAUACCAAUGAGAAAACCUUCAAAUACAUUGAAUGUGGUAGAUGCUUCAUGCUAUUUUCAUACCGUCACCACUGGAGAAUUCAUACUGGAAUAAAAUUCCAUUGCUGUAAUGAAUGUGAAAAAGCCUUCAGUCAAAGAAAUUACCUUGUUGAGCAUCAAAUUCAUUUCAUGCAGAAUACCUAUGAAUGUAAUAAAUGCGUAUGUGUGGGAGGAUUCAGCCAUAUUCCAACCCUCACAGCAAAGAAUCCAUACCCAAGAGAAGUCAUCUGGGUAUAGUGAAUGCGACAAGUCUUUCAGUAGGAGUUCAAGUCUUUUCAUCAUCAAAAUAUCCACACCAGACCAGAAUUUGAUAUAAUGCAAGUGGAAACAUUUAGCACCAUAUUUCAGGCUGUAUUCAACAUCAGAAUAUCAAAGGGAAAAUUGUUAUUUGCGUAUGAAAUUGUUAAUAUAUAGUCCCAACCUUUUUCAUUGGAGAAGAAUCUAGUCAGAGGAGUGACUUGGUGAAUGCAGUUCUGUUUUCUCAUGGCAUUCUUUGAUUUAAUAGGUGUUAUAAGUAGGUAUGUAUACUUUAUUUAUGAAACUCAUUUAAGCUAUUUUUGUUUUAAUGUGGCCUAUAAACAUUUUUAUUUUUCCUGAAAUUGGUUCUUAUUGUUCACAGCUUCCCUAAGAUACAUUAAUACACCAGUGUUAAAACAUAUCAACUUAUGGAAAGUUUUUCAUUUAGCUUUUUGUGCUGUUCUCAGCCAAAGUUCUCUCCAAAACAGACUUGUGGGCCUGCUUUUUUCUGAGGACCCUAUUCCUUUCCAGCCAUAACAUUUGGAUUCCUGUUGAUUUCUCCAUUCUCUUAAGCACCUUCAAUGAUGGUUUCCUAGUUUUAAGCUUUACACUAGCAGCUAUGUCAUCCCUACUUUUGUUUUUUUCUUUCUUUUCUUUUUUUUUUUUUUUUUGGUGUCUUCUGUCCUAAUGCAAAGUAUCUUUCUUUAAAAGAAAUGGAUUGACACACCUGUCCAUCCACGAGUGUGAAGGAUUCUGUUUCCCCUGCAUUUGUGGCAGGAAGCUGAACAUUUUCAAGUGACGCCCAGGUUCUUAGCUGUGUUAGCAUUCACAGCCUUCUAAAAGAGAUGAAAAAGACAUUAGAAAGCCAACAAGACUGGUGGUAGCCUAGCUGUAUUCAGUGCCUAUUUUGCAUAUCUAAGUUCAGAAUUAUUUUAUAUAUGUCCAUUGAAGGCCAGCAGAAUGCUCAAGUCUGCUUUCGAUAAGGCAAAACAUAAAGAAUGUAUAUUAAGAAAUCAGAGAUCUUCAUAAGGGAAUGCUGCGUUCCAUCAAAGGUAUUGCUGUUCUUGUGUAAUAUCUCUAGAGGGAGUAUUUUAAGAAUGUCAGAUAUGCCUGUAAAAUUUAACUGUUACAGUUUUUCAUUAUCUGUUUGCAGUUGUUUACACAUCAUCAUAUUUUUUGUAUUCUACUAGAGUCUACAGGCCAUAUAAAAGAACAUUUUUGGGGGGGGGGCGGGGAGCGGUUGAUGAAACUGAUCACAGAUGUUGCCUCCAGAGUUCAGGGUCACUGUUGUAACACCUAGCAAGAGUUCAUGGUUCUUUAGAUGAUGUCAAAGCAUUUUAUUGUAUUUUCUCAUCUUAAGUAUCAUAACAUUUUGUGAAUAAGACAAGUGUUAUUUAAAAUUCUAGUUGUUCCAGCGAUUAAGGCUUUCAUAGUUCAUAUGUUAAAAUGUUCACUAGGGAUCCUCAACAAAUAUAUAAAAAUUCAUUGCUUACUCUGUAAGCCUCUUAUGGCUAAUAACCUCUAGGGUAGUUCUACCACUGUAUUUUACCUCUUAGCCAUCAGCAAACAUAGGUUCUCAUCAGGGCAGGGUAGGGACCUAAAUGAAUUGAUCUAAAUGUAAAAGCAUAUGAAAAAUGCAUGUUUUUGUUUUCCUGUCUAUGAACAUGUAUACCUUAUGGUUAGAGACCACCGAUAGUCACCUCUGGUGAUUACGAAACAGAGGAUUAAGUAAUCUCUUAAUAGCAGAAAAUGUAAAAAUCACAUGUAUGCAUUUGGUUUAGGAAUGUGCUUUUGUACUUCCACUUGAAUAAAGGUGUGUUUGAUACUCUGAGAAUCUGUUUCAAAUAAAAU